GCAACAAACAAUAUUUAACUAGUUAUUAAAUGAGACGCGGUAUUCUUUUAAUUAUUAAUAUGGCUUUAAUGGCUUGGAAAGUGUACAGACGAUGUUGAACGUGCGAGUAUUACUUAGCGAGGUUCACAGUGCCGAUAUUAAUUAGCGAGUGAUUUUGCCUGCUGCCGCUACAAGUCAGCGGACCAGCACAAGAAAAACGUACAAAGAGAGCGCCACAGAGAGUGCAGUAAAGGGCGCAAUAGAGAGUGCAAAGGAAAGGGUUAGAAGCUAAGUAGGGUGCUCCAACAAUACAUAUAUAAAAGACAUGUUUAAGUACAGUAGUGGUUACUGUUGUUGGUGCAUGUGCAGUCUGCAAAGGGACAAAGUUUUGCCUGUUUGACUCACCGCCAGAUAUGGGCUGCGUGUCUGCUGGCCCUGGAUGUCGGAUCGUAAGCCCCGGUGGAUUCAUGAACGCUGGCUGGGGUGGCCUUGCCCCAGCGGAACAGGCCGGAACCAAGCCCAACUCCUCCAAUUCUGCUACCUGGCGUUUGAAUUCUGCCACAGUAUGGACAUCUUGAUGCCGUAUCCUGAUGUUGAUCGCCGGCCGGCUAUUGCUAUGGAUGAGCCUCAGCUGAUCCUCCCCAGGCAUGUCGACAUCGAGCAUCAGUUCCAGCUUCGCCUGCACAUAGGACGACGUGAGGGGCCGCCGGAUACGCUUUCAGUAGUUCCGCGCGGAAAUCGGCCCACGGCUGGGUCGAGUUUCGCCUUGUGCGGUCCCACGUCAGUGCCGCGCCCUGCAGGAUAUUGGCCUGUGCAGAAAUGCUCGUGGGUCCCCGCUGCCAUCGGAAUGUACUCCCCAUUGUGCCACCUCCCCAUCGGAAGCGCCCAUUGGUAGACGAAUUACUAGCUAUGGUCCGAGCGGUCCGAUAGCGCGUACAGCACACCCAUAGUGCUGGUACGUAAGAAGAAUGGGGCGUGGCGGAUGUGCAUCGACUACCGCCAGCUGAAUGAGCGCUCGGAGCCAGACGCAUACUCCAUUUCGAGAAUCCAACAUAUUCUCGAACAGCUACGACAGGUGAAAUACAUCAGCAGCAUCGACUUGCGAAACGGAUACUGGCAGAUACCCAUGGAGCGAGCCAGUCGUAAGUAUACCGCAUUCACAGUGCCUGGACAGGGCCUUUUCUAAUGGUGGGUGACGCCGUUUGGCUUGCACUCGGCCUCAGUCACCUUCCAGCGGGCGUUAGAUAGCGUCAUGGGCCACACGCGUUUGCCUAUCUGGACGACAUAGUUGUGGUUGCGAAGACAAUCGAAGAACACCUAUGGGUGGGUAAAUCAAGAUAAGUGUGAGUUUUUCCGCAGGUCUAUACGCUACCUGGGGCACCUGGUGACAGAAGACGGGAUACAGACGGAUCCAAAAAAGGGGGCAGCCAUACAUGAAUUGAAGCCCCCAACCAACCUAAAACAGCUGCGGCAGUACAUCUGUGCUGAAGGAGUGCCACGACGAUCCAACGGCUGGGCAUUUGGGUAUGGUAUAUGGUAAAAUUGAGUUAAGUUAGUCGAAGUACAGCCACGAAGGCGGACAGAUGCAUUUUGUAGAAAUCUUAAGUUAAGCAACACGAAGUGUAAAAUUAUUCAUAAGCCACGAGGCGCAAUAAAAUUAUAAGGCACACAUAAAUAUUGAAACGCAACCACCCAGCGACUUCCAAGCUUUAUUUCUUAUUUGGUAUCGAGGCUCCCCUAUGUCCUA